AGAGAGGCACAAGGAGGAGGAGGAGGAGGGGCAGAGAGAAAGAGAGUGCAGGAGCAGGACAAGUUGGAGUGGUCUGAGGAGAGAGAGAAAGGAAGGAUCAGCAGAGAAUGCGGAGGCCAUGCUCUCUGCCAGAACACCAGGUGGUUCUAGGUAAGGCCCAGAGCAGCAACUCAGUUAGGGAUGAGUGUGAGGAGCGGUAUGGAGAGCUCGGAGCGCAGGACGCAGGAGCCCAGCUCGAAGCCAGCUUUGUGGGGGGGCACACCGCAGUACGACUAUGUCUGCUUUGAGAAAUGCACCCCUUACGGGAUACCUGUGGAGGCAGGACACGAGGCCGGGGCGACAGGGGACGACCUGCGCUCCCCGGAGAACUCCCUCAGCUACCCACAGCUUUAUGGCCGAUACACAGACCAGAUAACAGAUAACAUUUCAGACAAGGAAGCAGCAAAACUCCUGAAGAAACAGGCCCAAAGGAACCAUGGAAGACCCCUGAAACGUGACAGUCAAGUACAGAUCAAAGAAGAGCACUAUUCCAAAUGUCAAGACUGUGCUAAACGCAUCCAGAAAUAUGUUACCAAGAAGCUCGGAGAGGACUGGAUUUUCUUGGUUCUCUUGGGUCUGGUCAUGGCGUUGGUGAGCUGGGGAGUGGAUUAUGCCAGUGCAAAGACCGUACAGGCCUACAAGUGGACAUACAGAGCGCUGCACCCGAAUGUCCCUCUGCAGUACGCGGUGUGGGUUGCGUUCCCACUUGGCCUUAUUCUGUUUGCGGCCAGUUUCUGCCACUUCGUCUCUCCACAGGCUGUUGGGUCUGGGAUCCCAGAGCUCAAGACCAUUAUGAGGGGAGUGGUCCUCAAGGAGUAUCUCACUCUCAAAGCUUUUGUGGCCAAAGUUGUGGCCCUCACAGCUGGGCUUGGAAGUGGCAUGCCUGUGGGGAAAGAGGGUCCUUUUGUGCAUAUUGCCAGUAUCUGUGCUGUGGUACUCAGCAAGUUCAUGUCGAUCUUCUGUGGGGUGUAUGAGCAGCCCUAUUAUUACACAGAUGUCCUGACUGUGGGGUGUGCUGUGGGUGUUGGCUGCUGCUUUGGGACACCACUUGGAGGGGUUCUUUUCAGCAUUGAGGUCACCUCCACUUACUUUGCUGUGCGCAAUUAUUGGAGAGGCUUCUUUGCAGCUACCUUUAGCGCCUUCGUCUUCCGAGUCCUUGCCGUCUGGAACAAGGAUGCAGUUACCAUCACAGCCCUGUUCAGAACAAACUUCCGUAUGGAUUUCCCCUUUGAUCUGCAAGAGCUGCCAGCAUUUGCUAUAAUAGGCAUAUGUUCUGGAUUCCUUGGAGCCUUUUUUGUUUAUCUCAACCGCCAAGUGGUCCUGGGCAUCCGACGUCAUAAAGCUCUGAGCCAGUUUCUCACCAAAUACCGACUGAUAUACCCCACGGUUAUAACCUUCUGUAUAGCGUCUGUGACAUUUCCUCAUGGAUUUGGGCAGUUCAUGGCAGGAGAGUUGAUGCCACGGGAAGCCAUCAGCACUCUUUUUGAUAACUAUACCUGGAUCAAGCACUCUGGAGACACCCAGAUCCUAGGGAAAUCUGCUGCCUGGAUCCAUCCAAAAGUCAGUGUCUUUGUCAUCAUCCUGCUCUUCUUCCUCGUUAAGUUCUGCAUGGCUGUUAUUGCCACCACGAUGCCAAUCCCCUGUGGAGGUUUCAUGCCUGUUUUCGUAUUAGGUGCUGCAUUUGGACGUCUCAUUGGGGAAAUCAUGGCAUCACUUUUUCCCAACGGGAUCCUCUUUGAUGACAUUCUUUAUCAAAUCUUACCUGGAGGGUAUGCUGUCAUUGGUGCAGCAGCAUUGACAGGAGCGGUGAGCCACACCGUCUCCACCGCUGUCAUCUGCUUCGAGCUGACAGGUCAGAUCUCUCACAUCCUGCCCAUGAUGGUGGCUGUCAUUCUUGCCAACAUGGUGGCCCAGAGUUUGCAGCCCAGCCUCUAUGACAGCAUCAUCCAGGUGAAGAAGUUGCCCUACCUGCCAGACCUGGGCUGGAAUCACAUAAGCAAAUACAAUAUCUUUGUUGAGGACAUUAUGGUCCAAGAUGUGAAAUUUGUUUCCUCCAACUGUAAAUACAGAGACUUGCAAGCAGUACUCCAAAGCACCACAGUGAAAUCUUUGCCUUUGGUGGACUCGCCAGAGUCCAUGAUCCUCCUGGGGUCUGUGGAGCGAUCAGAACUGCAGGCUCUCCUCCAGACACAGCUCAGCCCAGAGCGGCGGCGGCUCCUCAACAGAGAAAUGCAGCAGAAGCUGAAUGAGGCACCCUAUGAUGGACCCUGGGCAAACCUGCCAAAGCUGAAGCAUGAAUCUUUUGCUUAUGUCGAUGAGGAUGAGGAUACAGAUGAGAAGGGAGAGCUGCCUCGGCCUCCAAGUCCCACUCCCAGCUACCCAGAGGAGCCAAAUGGCCCAACAAGUGCUCUUAAACAAAUGCCUGAAACCUUGGAGCCCCAGCAACACUCAGGCAGUUUCAGGAGUCUGAGGCAACUGAUCCAGCAGCUCUUGUGCCACUGCAGCCGUCCACAUGAAACAGAGAGCACCAUCCAGGAGCCAGUGGAAGUCAUUGAGACAAUGACACCAGAAGAGAUAGAUGCUUGGGAACAGGAGGAGCUGAACAAGAAUGUGUGCUUUGACAGCUGCCGCGUAGAUCCCUCCCCUUUCCAACUGGUGGAGAGAACUUCCCUGCACAAGACGCACACCUUGUUCUCCCUGCUGGGCCUCAGCCACGCCUACGUAACCAGCAUGGGGAAGCUGAGGGGAGUGUUGGCUUUGGAAGAGCUCCAGAAGGCAAUAGAGGGUUCCACCCGCUCUGGGGUUCGUCUCCGACCACCCCUUGCCAGUUUCCGUGACAUCAACCGGACUUCCACCAACACUAAGGUCGGGCAGGGCGCUCAGGCGUGGAGCCGGGAAGACAACGGCACGAUGGCAGCACAGCAAGCAGCAAACCUGGGCACUGAGAGCCCUCUGCCUCCCUGCUCGCACUCCCCCCAGCCCUCACACUCACAGGAAGAGGGGGAAGUCCCCAGCUCCGCUUAUGCCACGGAUACUGAGCUGGAAGAGAUGGAGCUGACAGGGCCAGUUGCUGAAAACAUCUCAGAUAUCCUCAAGGACAUAAACCUACGCACCACUGACCUGGAUGAAGAUGAAGACGAGGAUGAGGAUGUUGCCAUAUAGCUGGUGUGAGGGAAGCAGUCCAUCACACUCUUCAGUGAGCCAGUCUUCUUGCGUUUGCUCCUCAAAGAGAAGCUUUUGGAUGUUCCUUGCAAUCCCCACAGAGGGGUGAUUCAGCUGGGAGGAGGGACAUCGGGCUGACCCUCUCUCCUGACGCUUUCCCUCUGUGCAGACUGUUAGGCUGCUGGACUAUUUGGGCGCGUGCAGGUGUUGGAUGUGGACCGCGAGGUGCCUGAGUGCAGGCUUACAAUGCCCAGGCUCCUGCCAUGGCAGAGCACACUGUAACAGGACCUGGAUACUGCUGGACACAGUCAGGGUGCUCGGGGUCAAUCUGCCAUGUGGAAAGUGCAGGAGGAUCAGUUCUCACUCACCACCAGUGCCAUCCUUCCAGUGGCCCCAGACCUGCAUGCAGCAGAGUAACGCAGCCAAACCUCCAGCCUAGAAGCACACUGCUGCUUCUGACUGCCACCCUGUCCAUGUUGCUGCAGCUCCUUUUUACUGGCUCUUAUCUUGCACCCCUCCCCCAAACAUUCCCACACAGAACGUUUUUAUUCUUUCUCAAUUUUUACUCUGGGAUUUUCCUGGAUGGGGAUGCAGUUAGGAGCUUCUCCUCUAUCCUAUAGCUGAGCCAUGCCAUGCCCUAAAAACAGAUAGGAGGAAAAUAUUUGCUAUAUGCCUCGUGUCUUGAAUUCAGCCAAGGCUUUAGAAAACACUGGAAGAGAGAAAAGCUUCUUUGUUUUCCCAUCAUCUCUGGAAUUUUAAAACAGAAUGGGAAAAUCUUCGUUGAGGGCAUCCUCAGUGCUGGGGGAAGGGGAGUAAAAUAGCAUAUAUGUACCUGUAUUUCAAAUAGAUGUGUUUGUCUCUCUGAAUCACUGUUCACAAUUUUCCACAGUUAUAGUCUUAAAAUGUAAGAACUCAAGAAAAAAAAAAUAAUUACGGAGUGUUAGCAGGCUGCCAAGAAAUACAGCAGAGGGAAGACACAUUUUCUACACUUUGAAAACAGGUUUCUUUCUGAAAACUCCUGCUCUCGUUCUUGGUAAUUCUACCCUGCCUACUUUCCACAUAUUUCUGCAUACCUCAGAUGCGAGAAUUCCAGCUCUCACUUUUGCCAGCUUGUCUCUGUUGUGGCUAACAGCAAAGACCUCAACCCUUGUCUGCAGCAUCCCUCUAUUCCAGUUCUAAAUCUGGAGCAGAUCUGCAUCUUGCAAAAAGAUGUCUUGUCAGUUCGUGUCAUGCAUGCAAAACCUUGGCAUCCAAAGAUAAGAUGCUGCUUCACCGCUCUUGUGAGGUUUUCGCAGUAAACAGGCAAAACCAAAUUCUGUGUAUUCUGCAGCUUCUUCUAACAGUCUACAUCUCUUUCUACCGUAUUUUUGGUGUCUCAUAGCACUUAGAUGCAGUCCCAAGCAGCCUAUUAGAUGUGUUUCCACUGAUCAGAAACAGAGAAGAAAUCCAGGCUCUGAAAAUACGUUCUUGAGGGUAUUCUCAUUCCCCUUCCUGAUAGCAUUAUCCCUUCCUGAAAACAUUAUCUAACUUAAGAGUCACCACUCCUACUUUAACAUGUGAUUUUCCAUAAGCUGUCUCAGGAGCAAGUCAAAAAAAUAAUUACCUCUAACCCAGUCACCAAAGGAAAAUUCCCUUCUGGCUUUAAUUCCAAGUAUUGACCUUGCACCAAUUCCUCUCUGAUGAUGCUUAUAGGUGGGAGAGUCUGUGACAAGCUUACAGUAGGAGGAAAUCUGCCCUGUUAGUCUCUCAAACAGAGAGAAAUUUAUUUUUGCUGUCUGGACUUCAGAACCCACCAGGUCUGUUCUGGUUCUGGCACCAGAUCACCAUUUAUAAGCUAACUGGGGACAGCCUUUCCCUGCCUUAAUGAUUGUCUGUCCUCCAGGAGCCAUCCAGUCCUUGUGAGGAGACAGUGGUGAUCUGAGGGCAAGUCUCUUGCCCACAACAGCUGCUUGCCUCCACCAGAGGGGAAAUUUUGUGUCUGCCAGGCAUCAGCACAGCCUCCCCACUACCUUUGUGUCACCUUCUGCUGCCUGCAGGGAAAAGGCAAAAUAACUGCUUCUUUUUUUUUUUUUUUUUUCCCUCAGGGAAUUGUGGUAGUUCCUUAUAUAAGCAGAGGAGAAAGGACAUUCCUUUUGCAAAAACAUAAAUAUUCAGUGAGUGACAGCACUGAGGCUAAAUCUGGUCUGAGGGUCCGAGCACACCCAAAGAAGGAUGAGUUUCUCCAAGUCAUCCCCGGCCUUACUGUGCAGACUUGUAUUUUACAGCUUAACCACAUGCUUCCACUGAGACAGAUGAGACAAGGAGAAACUUUGAGGCUGGAGUCAGUACACCUUCCCCUCCUCUCUCCUGAAUACAGAUAUAUGCUCUGCUCCAGUCCCACACUUCUCCUACAGUGUGUUACAGAAGAACUGGGAUGUGACUGGCUGAGAAAGCAGAUGGGAGUCUAAAUCAAAGCCAGUGAGUGUGUGAGUCAUGACAGACAGAUUGUGAGCUGGGGGAGAUGAAGCUGGAACAAAAAUGAUGCACAUGGAGAGAGGUCUGGGGAGCUCGGAGUGAAGCACUGGCUAACCUGGAAAGCUUCUUGGGGCUCAUCACUUGAGAUUGCAAGAGAACACACAUGGACACACAGGCACCUCUCCAUUCCUGUUGCCUUUAGCUGUCCCUGGGUUACUGUGAGCAGUGAGAUUGCUCUCUGGGGGGCAGCUGAAAGGUGGAUGUUAACUGCUGCUCUUUGUAGACACUACUAAAGAUCCAUUCCAGGUAUUGUCUCCAGCUAUGGAACAGAAGCAGCAUUCAUCUGCACCAUUUUCUCACCUUUAUUCAUACGUGGAAAAGCAUAAGGAGCCAGGAUGGGACAAAAAACACUCUGCAAAUAUGGUUUGCAAAGGUCGAAGUUGUUUCCACUUCCAUCUUAUCAAUAAAAUCUUCACUGAGCUGACACCAAGUACAUUAAUAGGUUUAAAAUGUGCAGGAAAAUAAUACUAAACCUACCUUUGUCAAGGGAACUUUAACGUCGUACCCUCUCAGGCUAUCCCAUUACACCCCCUCAAAGUUUAAACUUGAAACCUUUGUCCAGCAAAGUCACACUAAUCUGUCACUCUAAAACCUGCAUCUCCCAUCCUAUCCAGAUAGCACAGGCUUAAUGAGAUGUGGGAAAAACAGUUUUUUCUCAACCCAAAAUAUCCCCAGAAUUUUUAUCAGCUGUGAGGCCUUCCCAUCCAGAUAGAAAUUCACAUCUAGCAAAAAAAUGAACUCUUCCUUUCACAUGGCACUUAAAGGUGAAAGCAGAGUCUUGUUUUUAAAUGCAUCAAUAUAAAGAACUGAAAAAAUAGGGAAGACUUAAGGUUGACAAGGGAGACUUUAGGUAGGUAUGACAAGGCUAAGAGACUUGGCAAUGAGCUGAAUAAAGGAGAAAACACAUGGAGAUUAACUGCUGAACAUCAAGAAAGAUUUGCCUCAACAAAGUAACAUUUUUGGUUGCAAAAUUAUUUGAGACUAAAAAAAUUCUCAUUUUCUAAGCCUAUGGACAAAAACAAUUAGUACAGGCAGAAACAGGGAGACAGAUAGCAUCUAUAAAAAUAACAUCCCCCUUCUGCCCAGUGUUGCAAAUACUGUAUAGAAGUGUCUGUUUUGUAGCCAAAGAGUAUAAGACCAGCAAUAACCAGCUGAGCAAGUGAAGAUUCCCUCUUUGCCAAUUUAGUCCAAACCCAGGAAGGGUGUAAUUAAAAACACACUAUUAAAAAUACAGCCGCAGCAAGCACUAAGUUGUUCAUGGCCACAUAAGCAGAUAUCCGGGCACAGCGCUCAUAAAAAUUUAAUCAACACUGGAAACCAAUAAUUAAAAUUUACACAUUAAAGCUGUGCCUGAGCAUUAGGGUUAGGGUCUUAAGACAUGAUGCAAAACUUUUUAAUGCUGUGUUUGUGGGAGACAAGCUUAAAUUGCUCCUGACAGUGAGCCACAGGCUGUUCUUUUGUGUCCCCCCCCUGCCACUGGACAGACAACCCUGUGCAUGUGCACUCAGGCACACACACAAACUUCACCUCUGUCAAAUCAUGGCUGUGCAGGAGCAGAAAACUCUCCAAAUCAGCUUCCUGUGCCUUAAGCCACAUCUCUCCUUCCCUCAGCUUGCUGGAUGUCACCAAGUCCCAGUGCAGCCUCAUCGUAAGACAAACAAGACACUGCUGUGGACACUGCUGGGAUCAGUGUGAUGGCCAAAUGAGGUAGAGUCUCACCCAAACCUAUUAGUAGUUCAAGCACUGGACUUUCAAAGAAGCAUUUGCUCCCAUCCCAGCCUUUUUAGUGUGCUGCUAAUGUAAACGUCUUGUGCUGUGUAGUAAAACCAGUUACAGAAACAUAUCUAGCCAAUCUGAAGAAUUGCACCUGAUACAGAGGACAAUGUCCAACUGAGGAAAAGUCCAGUAGCAAAUUCAUAAAGGAAACAGAAUGCAGAGAAAUGAAAAGGUGAAUUGCCUGCUUUAGAGGAACAACCACCUAAGUACUACUAGUAUCUGACUGUUUACUGAAUGGCUACUCAGUUUGAAGAACAGAAGGUAAAGCUACAAGGCAUACUGAGAUAUAUUCAGAAUUAAAGUCA